AUGUUGCAUUUCGAGCAAAUGUCUCAUUCCGAACCGAAGCAGCAAGGUUCCAGUGGAUCGUCUGAACCAUCUGAGGUGAAGACAGUAUCAGUAGUGCUCCCAGAGGAUCCUGUGUCUACAGCAUGCUCUAGCGUUCAGCGGCGAGUGAAACAAGUGCUUUUGAUGACGGCGUUGGUGAAUGUGGUUUCAAAAGGUGGAAGAAUUUUCAAGAUGCGGGCUCUCCUUGAUUCCGGCUCUCAGGUCAACCUGGUUUCUGAAGCUGCAGUGAAACUUCUAUCUCUUCCGAAAUAUCCUGCCAAUGUUCCUGUUAUUGGAGUGGGAGGUGUCCGCUCUCAGAUUCGUCAUCACGUGAUUCUAAAGAUAUCAUCGGAUUAUUCUGGAUUCGCAAGUGUUAUGGAUUGUUUGGUGGUAACGAAAGUAACAGGAAAGAUUCCAUCCGUUGCAGUCAAUAACUCGGAAUGGAAAAUUCCUCCCGGUCUUGUGUUAGCUGAUCCAAAGUUCAACGAACCCAAGGAUGUAGAUCUACUGAUUGGUGCGGAGCUGUUUUUCCAAAUUCUGAAACAGGCACAGCUGAGGCUUUCCAAUGAUCUGCCCACAAUGUACGAGACACAGUUCGGUUGGGUCAUAGCUGGAGCUCUAGAUGAAUCUGAAGGCGAAAUAGUCAACGUGUUGUGCGCCGUUGAUGAGGAUCCGUUGCUGAAGAGCAUUCAGCGGUUUUUCGAACAAGAAGAGCUUCCAGAAGAAAAGGAGCCAUCAAGUGAAGAACAAGAGAUAGAGGAGCAUUUCCGUGAAACGUAUCGACGAGAUGAAGAAGGCCGAUUCGUCGUUCAACUUCCAUUUCGUGAAUCUAUACACCAAUUAGGAAAUUCUCGUUCAUUGGCAAUGAAGAGGUUUCUAUCUAGCGAAAAGCGACUAUCCAACAAGCUUGAGAUGAGAAAUAUGUAUCAAGAUUUUCUUCAAGAGUAUAUUGAUUUGGGCCAUUGUCACGAGAUACGUGAAGAGAACGACUUGCCGGGUCAACAAAGUUACUAUCUUCCACACCAUGCGGUACUUAAACCAUCAAGUACCAGCACAAAGCUGCGAGUUGUCUUUGACGGCAAGGCGAGGUCUGACGGGCUAUCACUGAAUGAAGUUUUAAUGGUCGGCCCUAAGAUUCAAAAAUGA